GUCCUAGACGCCAUGAGUUCAGGAUGGGUGGCGACCAAGGAUGCUAACGGGCGGACGUACUACGCCAAUCCGAUCACCAAGGAGACAUCGUGGACGCCGCCGCCUGGCUUUGCCACACCUGAGAAGAGCGCCACGGUGUACUGGCAGCUGUGGGACGACUCCCACAACAGAGUCUACUACUACAACACGGCAACAGAAGCUGUCGAGUGGACAAAGCCGACAGACAACGUGAAGAUCAUUGUCAAGAAGGCUCCGCCGGCGGAGCACACUUCGUCCAAGAACGCUGCGCCGCCACCGCCGCCGCCGGCCUCAAGUGGGGCCAAGUCUGCGCCUCCACCUCCGCCGCCGGCCUCAGGUGGGGCCAAGUCUGCGCCGCCACCUCCGCCGCCGGCCGCAUUGUCUCCGCAGCCUCCGCCGCCGAUCCCUGGGCAGCCGGCGCCUCCGCAGCCUCCGCCGCCGAUCCCUGGGCAGCCGGCGCCUCCGCAGCCUCCGCCGCCGAUCCCUGGGCAGCCGGCGCCUCCGCAGCCUCCGCCGCCGAUCCCUGGGCAGCCGGCGCCUCCGCAGCCUCCGCCGCCGAUCCCUGGGCAGCCGGCGCCUCCGCAGCCUCCGCCGCCGAUCCCUGGGCAGCCGGCGCCUCCGCAGCCGCCACCGCCGAUUCCCGGCCAGCCCAAGACAGCACCACCGCCGCCGAUUCCCGGCCAGCCCAAGACAGCACCACCGCUGCCGAUUCCCGGCCAGCCCAAGACAGCACCACUGCCUCCUCCUACGCAGCCGGCCCAGCCGCCGCCGCCUGCCCAGCCCAAGCAGCCUCCGCCGCCGCCGCCGUCCGCCGCAGGUGGCAAGUCUGGUGGGCUUCCGCCGCCGCCGCCGCCUGCCGCAGGUGGCAAGUCUGGUGGACUUCCGCCGCCGCCGCCGCCUGCCGCAGGUGGCAAGUCUGGCGGGCUUCCGCCUCCGCCGCCGCCCGCCGCAGGUGGCAAGUCUGGUGGGCUCCCGGCGCCGCCGCCGCCCGCCGCCUGCGCUGGGUCUGGGGGUGCACCGCCGCCGCCGCCGACGCGCACAGCCUCUGCAGCGCCGCCUGCGCUCAACAAGGCCCUGAGCAAUGCAAUCAAGUCAGACGGAACCAAGCGGGCGGUGACUGCCGACGCAGGUGAUGUCGCGGCUGCGGCUGCGCAGGCCAAGGAGAAGGAGAAGGACAAGGAGAAGGCUAAGAAGAAGAAGAAGAAGAAGAAGGCCAAAGAUGCUGACUUGUCGCUGCUCGCGCCGGGCUGGACUGCCCACUACGACGAGUCGUACAAGCGGCACUACUUUGUCAACAACGCGUCGGGCGAGACAACCUGGGACAUGCCCGAGGCGCCCGAGGCACCCGAGUCUGCAGGUGGCGCCCCACCCGCGUCUGGAGGCCCUCCGGCGCUCAAAACCGAGGGCUCGGGCGGAAACCUUGCCCUGCCAACGCUCUCCAUGCCGUCGACGUCGACUUCUCCGUCUGCGUCCCCGCUCGGGCGCAGCAACUCGUCGGGUGCGCUCGACGGCGACCCGCUGACGGCGGUGCCGCAGCGGAUGAAGUCGCGCGAGCGGGCGGCGUCGACGUCGGGCAUCCGCGGCUUCCACCUCACGCCGCAAGUCCGAUCCGAGGUGGAGCGGCACUCGAUGAUCAAGUUUGGCAAGAAGUUCUUCCGCGAGCUCAAAAAGCCCAAGACGAACAACCCAGUGGCCGAAAUGUUGGCUUACUCCAAGGGCAAGCUCGCCGACACAGUGUGCAUGCUGCCGAAGCAGUGCCGCAAGGUCGCGCUCAACCAGUACAAGUAUGUGCAGCAGUACAUUGGCGACGUCAAGACCAAGACGCCGCCGCUGGUCACGCUCACCAAGUUUGUGGCCGGCUGCUUUGGUGACGCGGACCUGGCCAACGAGAUGUUUGUCUACUGCAUCCGGGCCACCAACAAUAACCCGGUCAAGACUUCGGCCAUGUCUGGCUGGGAGCUCUUUGCGCUCGCGGUGCAGAUCCUGCGGCCGUCGCCGCAGAUGACCGGCCCGCUGCAGGCGUACUGCCUUCAGCAAAUGGACUCGCUCUCGGUACCGACGCUGAAGCUCUACGCCUCGUACUGCUUCCGGCGACUGUACUACUGCAACCCGGUGUCGGAGGCACCCGAGGAGUCUGACAUCGAGCGCAUGAUCAAGGAGCCGCUGCGCCCGUCGCUCUUUGGCGGCAUGCUCGAGGACAUGAUGGUGUUUGAGCUGUCAAAGGACAGCAACGCCACGGUUCCGCGGGUCAUCGUCGCCCUUACCGAAGCCAUCGAGGCCAAGAACGGGUUCAAGACCGAGGGUAUCUUCCGUAUUCCGGCCGACGUCCAGCUUCUGGCCCGGAUCAAGGACGGCCUCUCGCAGUACAACUACGAGAUCCCCGGUCGCGAUCCCAAUGUCGCUGCCGGUCUGCUCAAGCUCUGGUUCCGCGACAUGGCCUCGCCGGUAGUGCCCAUCGAGUUUUACGACGCGUGCAUCAAGGCUCGGACGUCGUACCCCGAACUGCGGGCGCUCAUCGACCAGUUCCCGCCUGGCAACGCCGCCGUUCUCGAGCACCUCAUCCUCUUCCUCCAGCGCAUGGCUGCGCCCGAGGUGGCGGCGGUGACAAAGAUGGAGGCCGACAACCUGGCCAUGGUCUUUGCACCCAAUGUCAUUCGGCAAAAGGACUCCAACUCGGACACCCUCUUUGCCAUGGCCACCUACCAGCAGGACGUCUUGCGGACUCUCAUCGAAAACUACACACAGUAGUUCUAAACCGCACAUGUUCGAGCAGGUGGGGGCCGGGCCAUCGCUACAAGCGAGCCACCAGCUGCAGACGUGGUAAAAGCUUGCAGAGUUGGUGCAGUAGUCCGGAUCAACAGUUGGGAAUGCCUGAAACAAAAGCACUUGCGGCAUUGAAGCUUUUAUGGUGCAGCGCCAUAGAGGAGCCGGAUCUCUUCGUACUUGUUGGGCUCGCCGUCACGGAACUUGGCAAACUCGCGUUCGAGGACGCGGAUGGCCUGCUUGGUGGUCUGAUAGCGUUGGUACGAGG